ACUUGCCAGAAGUUCAAUUGACAUGAUUAAAUACUUAAAGCUGACAAAGCGGAAUCACAUCCUAAACCGUACACGGUCGAAUGUUCUGGCAGUCUCAUUAUAUGUGAUUUUACUGGUUACCGUACUUAAACCGGACAGUUCUGAAAUUUGUGUGCAUUAUUCCUAUGCUGAACAAACUGCUUGCUCUCCGAAAACAGUUGAAACUUUGCAUCCACAUCUGUUUUGUUAUUACUGUUAAGAGACGGUUGAUUACCACCCGAGGUGAUAGCUUUGAUGGUGAUACCCCUUAAACUGAUACUUAGACCUGUUGAGUUUCUUGUGCCUAAUAAUUGUUUGGGCAGUCACUCGUCAUAUAAUUCAUGAGUUUUAAGGGUAGGGAAGCUAAUGACAUUGCUUUUGGAUGAUUCCUAAUAAGAGUUUAUCGGCUGUCAUGAUGGCCAAUAAGUUGAUUCCGCUAUGUUAGAAGGCAAUAUAUUGUGUCCUCAGUCACAAGUUACCUAUGUCGCGUAAGGACAAGACCAUUCUUUUGUCACUGCAGGAAUUAAUUCUAGAUCAUGGUGGCAGUGAUUGUCUGAACUUGGGGGAGUCAACUUGUUGACACCAAUUUUACUAUGGUUAUUGAGUUUUUGUGCCAUCGAAUCAAAUGUGGAUGUGAAUGCAAGAAUCUUGGUUGGACAAAUGCAUAUUUAUGCCCUUACUCUUUACAUUUUUUCCUUGUGAAACCAUAAACUCUUUUGAGGCUCCAAAUGGGUUUCUGAACUUGCAAAAUCGCUACAUUUAAAUACCUUUUAAGCAUCUACACGCGUUCUUUGAGCACUUGAGAAGCAAAAAUCGAUCGUCAGAGUCAAACAACUAGACGAAACAGCAGAGAACGGCACCGACACCAACACUUGCUUCAAACCCCUUCCUAUUCUUGAAUCACCGAUAAAUCAGAGAACGACACUGCCGCCACCAUCAACUCCUUUCUAUCAAAUUGAAAAGGAUAAUAAAAACUCAAAAGAAAGAAGGAGAAAAAAUAGAAUGGCGUAGGUUUCAUCCAAAAUAAGGGAGUUUGUAGGGUCAAAGGCAUAGCGCCGUAGAGUCGGCGACGACGAGAUAGAGUCCUAAACCAUCUAAGAAUCAGGCAGAAGAGGAAUCUUGGCGAAGCCACAAAAGCGAUGGCUGAAGGAAGGAUGGAGACUGAUUUUCUUGGAGUUGGGAUGUAGGGGAGAGAAAGACGACGAUGUGGGUUUCUUCAUGGCUUUGGCACGUGUUGCAUCUAUUGUGGCGGCAGAGGAAAAGCUAUUGAGGUGGAGCUUAGAGACGAGGUUGACGGCGACGUGAUAUUGUUCUCUGCUUCGUCAAUGAUGCAAGAAUACGGAGGGGUUUGAAGAAGUGGUAGUGUUGUUCUCUAUUGCUUCGUCAGCUGAUUUUUGCUUCUCAAGCGCUCAAAGAACACAAGUGUUGUAGGUGCUUAAAAUGUGUUUAAAUGUAGUUAUUUUACAAGUUUAGGGGCACAUUUAGAACCUCAAAAAAUUUAAAGUUUCACAAGAAAAAAAUGUAAGAAUUUAAGGAUAUAAAUAUGCAUUCCUCCGAUCUGGUUGGUUGGCGGAUCCAUUUGGUGAGCUAAAGAGAAAAACUGUGUUUCAACGAAGAAUCAAGAGAAAGCUGGCUUGAGUGGUAAGGAAUCAAGGAUUGGUUUGGUUUAAUGGAGAGUAGUUGGAGACUAAAAGGCCACAUCCUCAUCCUUUUCUGAGGUGAAAAAUAAUAGUAGUUGUAUUUGUAUACAACUUUACCUAGUUUAUGUCUGAUUAGGAGAUUGUUUAUAAUUCAAACUCAUGACAUUUUAGAGUUCUUUUUAAUUAUAAAAGAAAAAAAGAACAACUUCACUGUUGCUAUUAAAACUUACCCUCAAAAGAAUGUCUAAAUUGUCGAAGAAAAUAUGAUAUAGAUAAAAAAAAAUGACUGGUUUCAUGGGAUUUAUAAUUAAAGUAAUAUAAUUUAUCAAUAUCUACCUUUGAAGACACAAACUGGGAGUGACCUACAUGUUAACAAAAAGAAUUAACUUAAUAUGAAAAAGAAAGAAAUGCAGAGAGAAAACAUCUUUCUUGGGUCAAUAAAUAUUGCAGGAGAGCACAAGCUGUAGGUGCAGGAGGGCGUGGAAGGCAAAAACUAUGGAGUAUUGAGUUAAUGCACUUUAAAUGAGCAAAGAUUUCACCAAACUGGAUGAAAAGGAGACUCCAUGGAAUGUAACUUUUAACCAACACAUCCCGUGAAAAGUUCUUCAUCAGCUUCUCUCUCUCUCUCUCUCUCUCAACAAAUGUUCUCGUGAAGAAGAGCCCUUCUGAACUUCACGAGAUUCAUCUUUGUCUCUGAGAGCUCAGCAAUGCCUCCACAGCCCAGUUUUGAAUUCCCUUCAACACCUUCAAGUAGCCUGGCAUCGGUUGAGGGAAGCAUGCAUCAAGCACCAUUCUUCCGGCUGGCACCUCCAUGGACCCCAAAACCCAACUCUUCUUUUCCACUCUUCUACUCUUCUUCCUUUCUACCCUGCAGCUGCAAGCUCAAGAUCUCCAAACUUAUAUAGUGCAACUCCACCCACAUGGAUUCACCACCACUUCUUAUCCCUCUAAGCAUCACUGGCAUCUCUCCCUCAUUGAACCAUUUCUUUCUUCCCAAGCAGACCCCUCUUCUCGCCUUCUAUACUCUUAUCGCUCUGCCAUGGAAGGUUUUGCAGCUCGUCUGUUGAAACACGAGCUCAAGUCCUUGCAACAGUGUCCUGAUGUCAUAGCUGUAAGGCCAGACAGGAGGCUUCAGAUACACACCACUUAUUCUUACAAGUUCUUGGGACUGAGCCCCACAACCCAAGGUGCCUGGUUUAAGUCUGGAUUUGGUCGAGGGGCCAUAGUUGGGGUGCUGGAUACUGGAGUUUGGCCUGAGAGCCCGAGCUUUGAUGAUCAUGGGAUGCCCCCGGUUCCCAAGAAGUGGAGAGGGAUUUGCCAAGAAGGGCAAAACUUCAAUUCUUCACAUUGUAACAGGAAGAUCAUUGGCGCCAGGUUCUUCAGCAAAGGUCACAGUGUGGCUUCAGCAUCACCAUCAGCAGACACUGUGGUUGAAUAUGUGUCUCCAAGGGAUUCCCAUGGACACGGUACUCACACAUCAUCCACUGCCGCUGGGGUUGCAGUGCCAAUGGCAAGUGUGCUCGGUAAUGGAGCCGGUGUGGCACAAGGGAUGGCCCCCCGUGCACACGUGGCAAUAUACAAAGUUUGUUGGUACACUGGCUGUUACAGCUCCGAUAUAUUGGCUGCAAUGGACGCUGCAAUUAGAGAUGGAGUGGACAUUUUGUCCCUCUCUCUCGGGGGUUUUCCAUUACCACUCUACGAGGACAGCAUUGCCAUUGGGAGUUUUCGAGCAAUGGAGCAUGGAAUAACAGUCGUAUGUGCUGCUGGAAACAAUGGUCCAAUCCAGAACUCAGUGGCCAACGAGGCUCCUUGGAUUGCUACCAUCGGUGCUAGCACAAUCAAUAGGAGAUUUCCAGCCAUCAUUCGUUUGGGUAACGGGAAAAUCCUAUAUGGGGAAUCCAUGUACCCAGGAAAGGGAAGACCAAGUGCUGAGAGAGAGCUUGAGUUGAUCUACUUAAGUGGUGAAGGGAGGGGAAGUGCAUUUUGCCUCAGGGGGUCUCUUCCAAGAGCCAAAGUCCAGGGCAAAAUGGUGGUCUGUGAACGCGGCUCAAACGGAAGAGCGGAGAAAGGUCAGGUCGUCAAAGAAGCAGGUGGUGCUGCAAUGAUAUUGGCAAAUACAAAGAUAAAUUUGGAGGAAGACUCUGUUGAUGCCCAUGUCCUUCCAGCAACAUUGAUUGGCUUCAAUCAAUCAAUGGAGUUAAAGAGUUAUAUAAACUCUGCGGGGAGACCCACGGCUAGAGUUAUAUUUGGAGGGACUGUCAUUGGGAAAUCCACAGCACCAGCAGUGGCUCAGUUUUCAUCAAGGGGACCAAGUUUCACCAACCCUUCAAUCCUCAAACCGGAUAUGAUUGCUCCGGGGGUCAACAUCAUUGCCGCUUGGCCUCAGAACUUGGGCCCGAGCGGUCUUCCUGAAGAUUCUAGAAGAGUCAACUUCACUGUCAUGUCAGGGACUUCCAUGGCUUGCCCCCAUGUCAGUGGAAUUGCUGCCCUGAUCCACUCAACCCAUCCGAAAUGGACACCGGCAGCGGUUAAAUCUGCAAUAAUGACUACAGCAGAAACCACUGAUCUCUCAGGGAGGCCAAUAAUGGAUGGAGACAAACCUGCAGGAGUUUUCGCCAUUGGAGUUGGACAUGUAAACCCAGAGAGAGCAAUCAGUCCAGGAUUGAUAUAUGAUAUCAGGCCAGAUGAGUACAUUACUCAUCUUUGCACUGUCGGAUAUACAAGAUCAGAAAUUUUCACCAUUACUCACAGAAAUGUAAGUUGCGGUGAGAUUUUGACGAAGAACGGGGGUUUUAGCCUCAAUUAUCCCUCCAUAUCAGUGGUUUUCAGGCGAGGGAUGACAGGCAAGAUGAUUAGAAGGCGAUUGACAAAUGUGGGAAGGCCUAAUUCCAUCUACUCGGUGGAAGUUGCAGCACCUGAAGGAGUCAAGGUAAGAGUUAAACCCGAAAGACUUUUGUUCAAACACAUAACCCAGAGCUUGAGCUACACAGUUUCACUUAUUUCAAGGAAGAGCAUAGGAAUGAAUAACACAAGCUUUGCCCAAGGACAUUUGACAUGGGUGCACUCUCACCAUGGCCAUUACAGGGUUAGGAGCCCAAUUUCAGUGACAUGGCCAUCUAAGUUACAUGGACAAUAGUAAUCGUGGUAGCAACAAUAGCUAACAGCUUAGGCUUAUGAUUUCCUAUGCUUUUUGACUAAUGAAGUCAUGAGGAUUAAUUAGCAUUUGACUGAGGAGGAAAUCUUUGCACAAUUUGCUUAACAAAAUCCCUUCAUGAUUCCAAAAAAAAAAUUAUUCUUCAUAUAGUUGUACGUUGUCAGCUACCUAAUAGCUGUUUGUUCAAGUAAAAAGAGUCCACCGACGCAGCUGAUUUCAAACAAGUUUAGAGCUCUAGUAUCACUAUCAGCCUUUUUGUUCACUAUCAGCCUUUUUGUUCACUAUCAGCUACCUAAUAGAUAUGUUGCACUAAUAGUUUAGGGCAAGUCUUGGUAGCAACAAUAUGGUUGCUCCUUUGUGACUGAAGAGUCACAAGUUUGAGUUGUGGAAACAGGCUUUUUCCAAAGCAAGGGUAAGGUUGUGUACAACAGACAAACCUCCCCCAAACCCGACAAUGUGUGGAAUCACGUGCACUGGGCUUAGAAUAUCCAUAGAUACAAAGCCAAAGCGGUAUACCAAUCUUCUGAAGCACUAGCAUUUUACUUCAAACAAAUUUCAAUUUAAUUCAGUCAAGUUACAUAUGUUGACCAUCUCAGUUUUCCUUUCUUCCCCCCCCAACAAAACACCUUCCAUAUAUACUAUAAGUGAAAAUAUAUUAAAGACAGGCUGCUGUAACCCAGUAUAUCACCAUAAAGACAACUAAUUCACUGAGGGAAAAUACAGUAUGCAUCAAGCUACAAUGACAAGUUGCUUCAAAAUUGGCAUUUUCACUCAAUCAAAUAAUAGGAAGGUUAAUAUGGUGUCAGCUGAAAGUGAAUGGAAGGGAGUAAAAGGAUAGUUGCCUCAUCAUUUUUUGAUGAAAGAUAA